AUUGGCCCACCGCCACCACCACCAUCACCACCACUGCAACCGCACCCGCACUCGCACUCGCACGCACCCUUCAUUUUCAAUUCUCAAAUCCCACCUUCCAAGCUCAUCGGAAAAUUCUUUUCACUUUUCCUUUUCUUUUUUUGCUAUGUUUGCCCAUUUCAUUUUCUGCCAAAAAUUCUUCGAAUUGAGAAUCUCUGUCGCCGAUUUCUUGAUGGGCUGUUGUUGAUUUAAUUUGUUUCUAGUUCAUGGGUUUUGGGUAAUCUGUAAUGGGCAUUGGGUAUAAUUUAAUAAUCAGAAUCUAAUCACUAAUAAUAAUAUCUCUGAUAUUCUGUAACUCAGUGGAGGUUGAUAGAUAAUUUAUUUAUUAUAUUAUGGGAAAUGUGAAUGGAAGAGAAGAAGAUGGGGCAAAUAGCCCUUCAGGAUCAAGUGGUGGUGGGGUUGGAGUUGGGGUUGAUGAAGAAGGCGGAGGAGGCAAAAACGGCAGUGAGGGCAUGGUUGCACCAGAUGAGGCCCACCUUGGCUAUCUUCCACCGCCUCCUGAAUUGAUGGGUCAGUCUCCUCCUCACAGCCCUAGGGCCACUCAAUCGCCUCUCAUGUUCACUCCUCAGGUUCCAAUAGUUCCACUACAAAGACCAGAUGAGAUCCAGAUACCAAGCAAUUCAUGGACCCAAACUGCUGUUGGGUAUGAAGAAAUGUGCAAUGAGCAAGGGAUUCCAACAAUGAUUUCGUGGAGCUAUGGUGGCAAGGAAAUAGCUGUUGAGGGAUCAUGGGACAACUGGAAGAAAAGAAUUCCCUUGCAGAGAUCUGGAAAAGAUUACAGUAUAAUGAAAGUACUUCCCUCUGGGGUUUACCAGUAUAGGUUUAUUGUUGAUGGACAGUGGAGGCAUAUCCCUGACUUACCUUGGGCCCAAGAUGAUAAUGGCAAUGCUUACAACAUUUUGGACUUGCAGGAUUAUGUUCCAGAGGACCUUGAAAGUAUAUCUAGUUUCGAACCCCCUCAAUCUCCAGAGUCGAGCUACAACAACAUGCAACUGGGAAAUGAUGAUUUCGCAAAGGAGCCACCAUUUGUUCCGCCACAUCUGCAGAUGACACUGCUCAACAUGCCAUCAUCAUACAUGGAGAUUCCACCACCUUUAUCUAGACCUCAACAUGUGGUGCUUAAUCAUCUCUACAUGCAAAAAGGGAAGGGUGGCCCAGCUGUGGUUGCACUUGGUUCAACACAUCGUUUUUUAGCCAAAUAUGUGACAGUGGUGCUCUACAAGUCCAUACAGAGGUAAUAAUUUAUUGCACCUAUGCUGGUUUUUAUUCUACAAUCACGGGACGUAGUAUAAUUAUUAAGGGGAAAGCUGCACUAGUAGCUUAUGCAAAGCAUUGGAAGAAGUCAUCCUAAGGAAACUUAAAAAGAUUGUAUUCUCUUAUAAUGCAAAUGCUUGGUAAACAUUGAUUAGGCAACUUUUUACUUGUUUUGGUUGGACUAUUUGGUUGUCCAUGUGUAGAAAUUAUUGAGAAGAAAUGAAGCUUUCGAUAUUACGAGAUUAUGUAUUAUUUCAA